AUGGGCCUCUGCUCGUCACACAGCAAGGCGCAUAGGAAAUUCGCCGAGGCACCAGUUCCCAAGCCGCAAACCAGGGAGUCGACUGCUGCGCCUGAAGACGGGUCGCAAUCUGAGCCGUCUGAGGAUGAGGAGGCCGGCACCAAGUCGCGUUGGGCGGAUGUUUCAACUGAGUUUAGCAGCAGGAUCAACAACCUGAUCUUGCAUUCAACUGGCAACAUCAAGCAGUUCUACGAUCUCCAAAGCGAGAAGCUGGGCGAAGGCGGCUUUGGCUUUGUCGUGGAGGCCAAGAACUUCGGGACUGGGAACAGAUAUGCUGUCAAGAAGGUCUCCAAGGCCAAAGCCAAACAGAAACGUUUGGAGAUUCGCAGUGAGAUCGACAUCAUGAAGCUGACGGACCACCCAAACGUGGUGAAGCUCCAUGAAACUUUUGAGGACAAGUCCCAGAUGUAUUUGGUCAUGGAGCUCUGCGCCGGUGGCGACUUAGACAAGCACAUGAAGGGGCAAGGUGGCCCAUAUAGCGAGCACCAGGCCGCGAUCCUGAUGGACCAAAUUUUAAAAGCAGUCUCUUAUCUCCACAACUGCAAAAGCAUUUGUCACCGGGAUUUGAAGCUGCAAAACUUCCUCUUCUCCCGCAAGGCGCCUGUGGAGAACAACCUGCUGAAGUUGGCCGACUUCGGCCUUGCCUGCGGCUUCGAGCCUGGGGGGGUGCUGGCGACGAAAGCCGGAACGGUUUCAUACUGUUCUCCACAGGUCCUGGGCGGAGUUUACGACAACUCUGCGGACUUGUGGAGUUGUGGCGUGAUCAUGUACAUGCUGCUGGCCGCACAGCCGCCCUUUCCUGGUAAAAACGAUGCGGAGGUUGUGCAGCGUGUGCGAAAGGGAAACUAUGUGUUCAACGACAUCGCUUGGUCGACAGUGUCCGAGGAGGCGAAGAGCCUCGUGCGCCGGCUGCUGAAGUAUCAGCCCUUCGACAGGGCCACAGCAGUCCAGGCCCGGGCACAUUCUUGGUUCCACUGCGCCGCACCGUCCCUUCGGUGUGCAGUGCCUGUGCAGCCCAGCGUGGUCUCGGACGUACUGCGGUUUUCCAGGAUGACUACGUUUCAACGGGCUGCCCUGCGCGCGGUUGCAAUGCAGCUCAAUCAGGAAGCCGUCGACAGCUGUUCGCGGGAUUUCGCGGCCCUGGACUACAAAGGCAUGAGUCUGCUGUCGCUCAACGACCUCGAGGAGUUAUCGGAGAUGCCGGACUUGGAGCCAUUCCGGCACCAACUUCAGGAGGUCGUUGGAAUACUUUCUUCCAGGCCCCCCGAUGAUAGCAACAUCAGCUUCAACGACUUCAUGGGCGCUACGCUGCAGCAAGACCAGUGCCAGGAUGGUAUGCUGAGGGCAGCCUUCCGGAUCUUCGACCAAGACGCCGACGGGUACAUAAGUGCCCAAGACAUUGGGCGGGUAUUUGGCAGGUCUUCCCACGGUGCCGGUGCAGAGGUGGUUUCCGCCAUCCUGGCCGAGGCCUCAAUGGGCACUAGCGAGCCUCUCCGCUACCAGGACUUUGUGACGUAUGUCUCCAGGGCGCUGAACACCUGA